GAUUUUCACUUUUAUUAUAUAUGAGAAAUUAUAUAAAAAAAAAAUCUUUGUGUGAUAAAAAGAGAUAGCGUCCGUCUACUGAAAACACAGAAAUAAAAGGGAUAGGGAUAUCCAGUGAGUGCCACUUAUUGUAGUUAACGUUUUCUAGUUUUCAGCUUCUUCUUCUUCAUUGUUUUCUUUUUCAUUCAUCGCUAAAAAUUUUCAAUUUUGUAAUUAGAAAAAAAAAAGGGAUCUUUUUUUGCUUAGUAGCGUGAAUGGGUGGAGGAGGAGCCGCUGCCUUACAGAAAGAUGCACCAUGGAGAGCUUCAUCUGGUGCAAAACCCAUCCCUAAAAUUCAUUAUUCACCUAUUCUUCGUAUUCCUCAAAAUCCCCAUUCCGAUUACGCUCUUUCCAUCAUGAAGCAUCCAGAUCCAAUUGGAAGCGGAUUGGGAACGGAGGCAAUUGUAGAAGCAGCAGGCCCUGAUUGCAUCGUUCCUGGACAGAAUCCACCUAUCAAGCUUCUUGGGUUUAAGGUUUGGCCCAUUGAAGUUGACUUGAAAUUUAUGGAACCUGUUGGGAGAGAACUGAAGUCAGUUGGGAAGUUCAUGGAUUCCGCGGUCGAUCUUAUGAACAAAUCUUUCAUUGAUCGCUAGUACUUUCGUUGGAGUGGCUGAAGUUCACCAGCUGUAUACCAACUACUUUGAGGCUUGUCAAAAACUAAUGAAGAUUAUUAUAGAGAUCAGCGGUUCAGUUAAAUCCUACUACAAAUGUUGCUUAUUUAAGGAAGUUCCGUUGUAUUAUCAAACUUGAAAUCUAUUGUACAUUUGACAGCUACAUUGAGUUGUGGCUUUUUGAAAAAGUUUAAUUACUUCUUAAGUUACAUAGCUUGGAAAUUUUGUGGCAA